GGGGACAGCCGUGAGGGGCUGGGAGCGGGGCAAGGCGGGCAAGGCCGUGAGGGGCGCCCCCAUCGCGCCUCGCCCGCCGCUCCGCCGCGCCCCGCGUGAGAGGAGUCCCCGUUUUGCGUCUCUUGAGCCGAGGAGCGCCUGUGGACAGGCACUGUGCCUCAAUGGUGACUCACAAAAUGCCAGACCUACCCACAUGCCUGGAAGAAAAACAUUCCUUAGGUGAAUCCAGCACAUCCUGUAAAGAAGUACUUAACACUAAUGGCACGAAGAUGUCUGAAGUUUCUGAAGUCGUGACUAAAGCUGACAUCAAACCAAAAUCUAUGCAUCGUGCCAAAAUAUGGUCAGAUGAUGUAGAGAACUUAUACAGAUUUCAGCAAGCUGGAUACAGAGAUGAGGUGGAAUAUAAACAAGUAAAAAAAGUUGAUAAGGUAGAGUGCUGGCCAGAAACUGGAUUUGUUAAGAAACUCCAGAGAAGGGACAAUACAUUCUAUUAUUACAAUAGGCAAAGAGAAUGUGAAGACAAGGAUGUCCGUAAAGUGAAAGUUUAUGUGUAUUAGUGUUCUUACUGUUCUGGUUGGUUUGUGUUUAUAAGUUGUUUCUUAAGACCUCUAAGUAAAUGAAUUGUGUCAUCUGUUAUCUUAAGUAUCCAUGUCAUGCUUAGUUAGAAAGGGGAGUGCUGGAAAUGUAGGGAAGCCUGAACUAUAGAGGUAGAAACUUUACUUUUUCCUUCCUAUAACCAAAAUUCUUAUUCCUCAUUUUCCUGGUUACAAAUGGUUCGAUAUAGAUCUAAAAAGGUGGUAAAUGGGCAUCAUAUAUUUCAGUUAACUGUAUAACAUCCAUUAUGAGUACAGGCAUCAGUCUUUAUUCCAAGUAAUAUAAUCUUGCUAACACUGGUUAAUGUCAGCCACAGUCUCUUGGUGUAGCUAAAGGUUAUGAAACUCCAAAGGGCCAAAGUGAGGCCAGAGCACUGACUUAACAUUUCCUUGGAGCAGCGCAAGAAAAACAAGUAAAGUAUUUAAGUGAAGGAUGCUGAACAAUCAGGUAACAAUGGCCAGUGCUGAGCUGCAGGUGUGAAAACUGGUCAGAAAGAGUCACAACAGAAAUGUCUUUCUGUCUAUCCACAAAGUAUUUUUGUCAGGUGCCAGUAUUAAUUACUCAAAGAGGAAGUAUUAAUUGACUUAGUAGCAUAUGCCUUCUUGUGGGGGUGGAUUGUGGAUUCACAGGUGUUGGGAGCAUGCAGUGUAAAACUCCAGGGAGAACACAAAAUCCUCACUCAGGAAUAUUCAGGUGACAUACAGAGAUGAUAUGUGGGAUCUCUGGGCAGAAUUUAUCUCAGCUAACUUCAAAUGUCACAUUAUCAACAUCCAUACCUGAUCCUGUCAUUUGGACAGCCUUUGUUCUGAAUUCAGAGAAGCUCUUGAGGGCACAAUUAUUUUCUUUUAAGUGCAGCUAUGUAACAUUUUCUUUGAAUAUGCUGCUGUGACAUCAGCUCUGCAGUAGCUGCUCAUACCUGGGCUAUUGAGGCACUCAGUGAAGAUCAGGGGCUGUACUUACCUUCACUGAUGAGGAGAUUUAAUUUAAAUACUUUGAGAUGCCAAAACUCUUGAUAAUUGACCAGUAGAACAGAUUGUUGUUAUGUAAACCAGUUGGUGUGUUUGUAGUUACAAAAUUUUGUUAUUAAUAUUUCCUGUCUCUAGACUGUUGACCAAGGGUAUCUGAACUUAGUUUUAGGCAUGAACUAGCAGUGUACAUUUGACCACCUACCUUAUGGAUGUUCUUCAUUUAUUUGAGCCUAAGAUAGAGGCAGACUCAAGAUGAGAAACAGCUCCUUGUCAAAAUAAGUAGUAUGGGUGCAAUAUUUAAAAGACCUCAUUGAAAAUGAUCUCAUCUUAUUUAGACUAUUUGGAAAGUUUUAGCUUAGAUUUGUAUGAGCUCUGUUAGAGAAAUGACUGAAAGAUACUCUGAAGCAAUGGUAAAACUUACAUUCCCAGCAGAUUUUAAUGCCAUAUAAAGAGAGAGUUACUGCAAUGUAGAGAAAUAAAGCAUUGCUACAAUGAAUGUCACUUCAGCCUGUCAUUACGAUUUCUUUUAUGCUUGGAGUGCUCUGGAUGUACUUUUUUAAGACAGGACUUUUUGCAUACUUUGCAGUUAAAUAGUGGGAACAGAACAAUUUCCAGAUAACCUAUCUAUUUUGUCACUUUAGUUUAGUGGAUCUCACUUUGUUAUGGAUUCCUAAAAAAAAAAUAUUCCAGUGGACAUGAAAACAGCCUUUAAAGAGUUUCACAUAAAAUAUAGCUGUGUUGCAUAGCCAGCUCAAAAUUAUUGUCAGAAAUUAUUGCUGUCAGCAGACACAGAAGAAGUGAGAACAUUUGGUACAGCCAUUUUCUCAGUCUAUAAAAAAGACAUAGUUGGGCAUUUGAGAACAGGAAUUAAAACUGCAGGUAACUCUUUAGGAUUUAAUGUGGAUUUUUUUCCUCAAGAAAGAUUUUUAAAAGUUGAAACACAUAUAAGAGAUUAUUCUGGAAUUCCCUCAUUUUACCUGACUACUACUCAAUACUUUUCCAAUAUUGCUGGAUGCUUCUGUCUGUAUUUUAAAAGCAUGAGUGUGCAUUUCAUGCAACCCAUGGAUAUUUCACUUCAAAGAGUAGCAUGGGAAUUCAUGUUCCCAUUUAUAUGAGUUGACAGAUCCUUCCCACUUUGAGAGAGUGAACCUAGAUAUUACUUGCAUUUUUCAGCAUUGUCAAUGGGAAAAAGGUCAAAUGUCACUGUGAUAUUCAAAAGAUUCACAGGAAGGAAAAUAAAGACAAGCCUUAUGAUUAGUAUGACCAGUUUACAGAGAUGGCCAAGACUGGUGAAUUUGGGAGUUCUCUCAGUUCAUUAGUAAAACAGCAAUUUUUGUACUGGCAGUGUUGGUUUCAGUUAGAAUUGUCCUUUGACAUCCAGUUCAUGCUAAGCUUAAGGUAAUGUGACCACUCCUCCAGGCUGCCAAAGUUCCUCCUGACCAGGCUUUGGCAUUCAACUGUGCUGGCUGAGUGUGAACCUGAUACUUGGGCACCAGCAAGGUUUCCUCUGCUGCCCGUGUGCUGGUGUAUCUCUCACUCAGAGCUGUCAAAAGAACUCUGUGCUCUCUUAUCUGAUACAUCUGUAACUGAACUAUCCCUACCUCCGCUUUAAGCAGGUGGAGAACAGUGAGCUCACUUGUCUCUUAAGCUUAGUUAUGAAGAAGUAUCAGAAGAAAGAGACAUGAGAAAGCCGUGCUUCAUUUAAGGGUGACACAACAGUACUUUUCAAUAUAAAUAAAUUCUGAACAUCAAUAUGCAAACUCCUUUACUGAAUUUUAAAGGGCUAAAGCACAUAUCUCAAGUUUUAUUGCCUAGAAAUGAAAAUAUGUGCUAUUUUUCUGAUUUGAGUCUCAGUAAAAAAUACUUUCCCAGGUACUUAUCUGUUGGUAUUUCUCUUAUCAGGGAAUACUGUACUGCUCUCAAUGGCCAUUUGCAGCAGCUCAAGGAAUGGCUCUCUGUUAACUUGCAGCUGCCUAAGCCUGAUCUACUUGGUCUGAUUCUGAUUCCCUUCAUAGCUUUGUACAAGAAGAAUAAAUCCUUUCUGUGCCUGUUGAAGCUCACAAGAGUAGGGAAAACAAAAUUCCAAGACCUACUUUUCAGGUUUUGUGUUUGACUGCUUCAAGUGAAAUGGCAAGAGUGCAGCCUUGGAUGUUCUAGGCUGGUGUGCUCUGUUUGUCAGGCUUUACUGGCAUCACUGUGGAACAGUAUUUUCUGGCAGUGAUACCAUGGCUGUUUGAUUGCUUUGCAGUCACAGCAGCUCAAAGCUCCACACAGAAAGAUGGUAGAAGUGUUUUGAUUUUCACUUAGGCACUGGAAUGGACAGUUGAACCUCAACCUUUUGGUUUUCAAACAUGGUUCCUUUGUUUCAAAGGAUUGAAAAUGGUUGGCCUCAAACUCAUUAAAAACAAAUUUCUAAUUCAGCAGCUGUUGAUACUGCUUUUCCUCACAUUGUCAAUACAAAUGGAGGCUGCUAGAAAGCACUGGAGUGGAGUUCCCCUGUGCUCAUUGCAGGCUCUCUCCUGCUACUCCAAUUCCAUUGAAUUGAUCUUAUUCAUUGGAUCUGCUUUCUCAGUAGCCUGCCUGUGCUGAGCACCUCUUGGCAACCAUAAUUACUUUAAAAAACAGGUUUUUUCUUGUUGCAGUUGAGACUUUGCAUUUAAUUCAAGUGGAAGCAAGUGUCCUCACAAACAGCAUUUGGGAGGAGCGUCAACUGACUGCAGAGUUCCAAGGUGGCACCCAAAAAAUCACUGCAAUGUAACUUUGUACAAAUAUAAUAAUUUUUAUAGAUGCUUUGUCUGCCAGUGUAUUUACAUCUCUCAGUGUUUAGAUAGAGUGUCUUUGCUGCUUGUUGCUUUUGUGGUUCUUUUUUCCCCUCAGUACUUUUCCGUGUUUUCUGCCUUCACAGGCACUCCACACUCAUGGACCCUUUGAAAAGCCUGUCCAGUGCCCUCUAUCCUGGCUUCCUCAACCAGCCCUGGCUCAGACCUUGAGUCUUUUCCAGGGGAGGCACACGCAAAGGUAAUUAAGGAUGGGAUUUAAUAAGAAGGCAGGCCAGACUGCAUGGAUCAGGACCAGGGCCCAGCCAGGUGAUUGUCCUGCCCAAAUGCUCUGAAUCCCUCCAGCCUCCUUCCUUGUCAUCUUCCCAUACUUGUUCCACCCUGGUCCUUCCCUUCCUGGGUCUUUGGUCAUUUCUGUAAACAUCCUGUAGUAAGUUUUGUUCAAUGCCCCAAGCUUCCUCAAAUACUCCUCUAAUUUCACACUAACCAUGUUUUCUCCAUCUUAUCAGUUACAAUCUUGAGGCAGAUCCUCAUGAUUUGUUAUUUCUGCGAUACAGAAUAACCAAACAAUUCACUGAAGCAGGUGCUCCCCGGUUUCACACAUCCUGUGGCAGGCUCCCCAAGGCAGGCACUUGGCUGAGCUCUAGGGAUGGUGUAGAGGCACCCAGGCACCCGAGCCCCAAGCCCCGCAGUGCUGCUGCUGCUGCACGUGGAGAUACAGGAAGGGAAUGCCUAGAAACAGAAGGAGGAGUGGAAGGAAGAAGGGGACAGGCUCAGGGGAAGACAAGCAGGUUAAAGAGCAGGUUAGAUGCGUCAGCAUUUUGCCAGCAAUCUCAUAUCCACAGAAACCUCCUCCCCUGCUGGCAGCUCUUGCUGGUUAGGGAAGUAAAUGUGGUCCCAGCUCCUCGCUGCAGAUGUUCCUCCUGUCUUGGCAGGAGCACCCAAAUACCUCAUCCAAGGAAGAGCUGUCCUGCUCGGGUGGAUAAACUGCUGACAGCUGCUUGGGGGAUGGAGCAAAAAGCAGGGGGAUUGGAUAUAUGGCAGGCACUUGAUGUUUGCCUGGUGUCUAGAGGAUGUCUGCUGUGCUCUCCUCAGGAGCAUCCUCGUGCCAAGGACAGGAUGUUCCAUCCAGGGCUGGGAUGUGAGUGAGGAGGAGCCAGCAGGUGGGCUGUGAGUGUGAGGAGAUGAGUGAUAGGAUGCUGUGCCUGGAGAGAUGGGCUGGAGCCAGGCACACACAACACAGGGAUGUGUUGGGCAGUGUUUCUGGAGAAAAGAGCCUGGUGUCCCUGCAGAUCAGCCUUUUUCUGUGGCUCUGCUUUCCCGAAGCUACAGACAGUGCAGCCCUUGCUCUGUGGUGGUUACAACCUCCCAACUCCUCUCCUAACCUCCCUGGGUGAUACACGUCCAUCUUGUUGAGAAGGAACUUGAGUCACAAUCCAGAAGGACCCUUCUUCCCUCAAAAGAAGGAGGUCUGUGUAUCAGAGCUGAAAGAUCACUGUCUGGGGGAGAUGCUAAUUAAAAACAUGAAAUAUCUCUUUGAUAGCCUAUCACUCACAACUUUGGUCUCAGCAAAUGAGAAAGAUUACUACACUUGCAACUACAAAGACUGAGAUUUAUUUAAAACAUCAGUGGAUUAAUAUUUUGUCAGACCAGAGCAACAGUUCAACAGAGAAGAUAGCUAGGUAGAUAGAUGACAGACAGAUCUGAAGGAUGAGUUCAGAAGAGGUGUUCAGAAGAGAUAUUCAUUGCCGUAGAAUGUAUAUUGCAAACAGAUUAUCGAGAAUGCAAGGCAACAGAAACAGAAGAAAUAUAAAGAGUAUGUUAUAGACAGUAAGAAGACAUUAAAAUAUCGCUGGGAAUCUUAGGAAUAGCUUCUCUGUUAUUUACAGUCUUACCAUUUAUGUCCAUCAGAUGGGAAAAACAUCAAACCAAAUGUUCAUAACUCCCGCUUUACUAUAUCAGAGCAAGGUAGUGGGAUCCAUCUAUACCAGAUGAAAUUAUUUACCAUCUCUAGCUGGGGAGGAUGUGAAAAUCACCUGCUAAAUACAAACACAUUCAGUUCAGAAGUCUGGAGUCAUGUACACUUCCAGUCUUAAUUCCAGUAGCUCAGUACUCCAAUUUCACUAAUUUUAGAUCUUAACAAACUUUGGAAAACUGGAGAGAUGCCAGAGAACUGAUGGAGGGUCAACAUGAAUUAGUACUUAAAAGGGAAUGAUACUAGACUGGAUAAACAGACUCUGAUCAGAGAUAAAUUAAUGAAGUGGUUACACAUGGACUCUGUCAAUAGAGGUUGGUAACUAUUUUCCACUGUGCUUCACUGAUCACACACGUCUGAUACAGACAAGGUGGAUACUGAGACGUAAGGCAGAUACAGAGCAAGCAGAGGUUUUGUUUCUGGAACAUUAUUUUACUGCCUGAGGACUAACACUAUUUCCAAACACUGUCAUCAGUCUCAGCCCAGAGUUAGCAGACUAUAAGCAGUGACUUGUGCAGUGUGAGACCCUGAGAUGAGAGCUCACACCUCUCACUUGGGAUGGAGCCCUCUGCUCCCAGACUCCAUGAAAUCCAUAAACUUUAGUGAGAUAACAGCUCCCUUGUGCAAAUAAGAUUUGCAUGCAUGACUUGCUUUUCAAUUCAGAGGCUGUAGCCACUGCAGGUUUUGAAUUGCACAUGCCCAUGCAGAAGAAAAAAGCCUGUGGUUGGGGCAGUGCCAGCUGGAAACAUUUCAGCACAAGAGGCAGCAGUCUGGAUCUCAGGCAGAUGUUUUAGUCAGCCUCUGGCUAGCUGUUGUUUAAUGGAGCAUGUGCCUCAGGAACAUGGAGUUUUGGGAAGAAAAUCUCUUUCUCCUGGAUGUGCUUUGCUGACAGGUAGCCUUGAGGUGGCCUGGGAAGAUGGACGAGCCACACAGACCUCACUGCUGGUCAUAGUGUGCUUGCUGUGGGCAAGGAAGGUUUUUCCAUCUCACCUCUCUGCAGAGAAUCAUGAAAUCCUACAUUUUGGGGCUGUGCUAGUGCCAAAGGAGAGCAUAUGCACAUAAUAAGGAAGGACAAAUAGGUGGAUAAUUUUCUUUUCUGUUCAUCCCGGUGUGGAAAGCUUAAAUGACAAGAUGGAAAUUUUGCAUAAUCAGGAGGUGCUGCUGCUGCUCUGUGUCCUUUUGCUAUUCAAAGUAGCUUUCCUCUUCUUGAAGAUCAGUACCAAUGCAGAUUUCCCUGUGAUGUUCCUGCCACCCUUGGUGGGGUGAAGGGUGAUGUCAGACUUGCAGAUGCAGCAGAUGAAGGGCUGUUUUGCUGUUCAGCUGGUGUGUAAAGACUGGAGUCACACCGAGCUCUAUCCUCUGCUCUUCAAAAGGGGUGUUUCAAAGCAGCCCCACAGCUGCUGCCCCACUUACUGCCUGCCACUAGCUCACAGGAGCAGUUGGUAAACUGCUUAUACAUCCAUCAGAAGUCCAGGAGGGAAAUUUGCAUUAUAUACGCAUACACGUGCAUAUAUUAAUGAAACAUUUAUCUUUGUGAAGAUUUUUUUUCUCAAAAAUAAAAAAUAUUGAGGAAAUUUCUCUCUAAAUCUGUUGAAUGCUGACUCUUUGCUGAGAUUUUGGAGCAUGAAGGAACAAAUGGGAAAGUUUCUGCAAUACAUUGAGUAAGAAUGUAAAAGAGGGAGAAUCCACAAUCCUCAUAAAACUCAAAUGCUGAAAAAUCCACGAGAGAAUGAAGAUUAUAAUAAUUAAUGAAGAUUAUAAUAAUUAAUUCAGACAAUACAUCCUUGAAUGGGAAUGUUUCAGCUUCCUCAUUUGCUCAGUCUCUCAUGUGAUCUCCAAGAGCUAAACAUAAAGUGGAAAAAGUGAAGUGAAAUAGUUUUCAGAACUGUUUGAAGCCUAUUGCCUGCAUUCCAGAGCUCAGCUCGGGACUCCACAGGCUGAGGUUUGCACUGGAUCUGUGAGCCCGUGCCUCCCUCUGCUGACUGCCUCUCCAGACCUCUCUCCCUGGCUGCAAAUCAUCAAAGGCUGUGGUUGUUUUCCCCCUCCUGUUGGGCUGAUAUUCCUCCCCAUGUCCCAGGCAAUGACAGUAAAGUCUGGGGAGCUGUGGGAUAUGGGCUACUCACAUCAGCCGCAACCCCACAGUGCCACCCCAGCAGCCCUGUGCUCCCUUUGUGGCAUCUGCCCCAUGGGUCCCAGUGCCACUCAGGUUCUCCAUUGACUCUAAAUUAAAGCAUCGUUGUUUAGGGGCAGAACUCUGAAAACAGUGAGGCAGAGACUCAAUGACAGUUACCAUAAACUGAGAGAUGCCAGCAGAGACCUUUGGCUACAUCACUGGGUUAUACCUGGGGUAUACUUCACUGAAUUUUGAUUUUAUCUUUUUGGGUUUUAAUUUUUUUUGGGAGGGAGGGUUGUGUUUGUUUUUUGUUGCUUUGUUUUAAAGUUUGAAUAUGCCUGUAACACCACUUGGUACUCCUUUUAAAAUACUUUGGUCCUUAUAGGCACCUUCUAAGUAAAGCUGACUGUGGGAACUGCAAAUCUUAAA